AAUAAGCGGCCCUUGAAAAUAUGUCCCCUGGUUCAAGGCUCUUUCGCGAAUGAAAACAUCUCGGCUUUGGCCUUGGCAUGUCUCAUUGGGAUCUUACAUCUUUCAAAAAGAUCACUCCUAUUCUUCGAAACUCACGUCCCAAAGUGCACAGGUGUCCUAUUUCAAAGCAAAUCAGUCCCACCCAUAGGAUUCGCGUUUACUGUCUAUUCUAUGGAGGAAAGUCAUCAUCCAGCAAUUUACAAUGUUUUGUUUUUAAACAUUCAGAUCAACUCAGGAUGGCUGUGCUGAAGAGCGAGACAAGCGCAGUUCAAGUGGACGAAUUGGGAAGUCAGUUCAAUUGUUCCGAGAAAUUGAACCGGACGGACGAGAGAGGUAGGUUUCCCUUCAGCUCCGUGCUCGCCACGCAGAGCAGAGGGAUGCAGGCCCGCCGAGCCAGACUGAGACCCAUCGAGAUACUUCAGCGACUCUUCCCGUCUGAGCAGCAAUCAGCCCUGGCUUUACUUCUCCAAGGCUGCAACGGAGACGUGGCGACGGCGAUAGAGUACUUCUUGUCAGCCGGGGAUGCGGUGAUGAACGUUCACCUCGUGUCCCGGGUGAGUGAACUGUGUCCUGCCAGUAACCCAGCGAAUGGAAUCAAUCCUCAGCCGGUUAGAAAGCUGAACUUUGGAGGCAUAAACUCGGCAUUCACUCCUCUGCACAGUCCGGUCACAACCGACGCAGUUUUCCGGUACAGAAGGUCCACUGUAUCUCUCGCUAUGGACUCGAGAAAUCCACUCUUCUCCUCAUAUACAUUGCCUGUAGUCGGGUACUCGCCAAUGGGUCUUUUACUGCCGUGCAGUCCAAUUCCAACCUGCUUUUCCAGCACUUCUGGCGGAUACCAUCCGGAUAACCAAUAAGUCAGGCAGCAGUACUUAUAACUGGCAAGAGUUAUUUCAAUACGUUAAAAAGAUCAGCCUGACGAUAAAAAUCAAAAAUAGCGUGACAGUAAAUCCGCGGAAGCAGUUUCUCACGCGAUUGGUGUGUUGAAAAGGUCUAAUUUAAUCUAUUUUAAUGUUAUGGAGAAUUUGAACAUAGAAUGCCCAUUCAAAAGUCAGAGAGGCAUGAAAUUGGCAAUUGUAAUAACAAUAAUAUAACAUUCUUAGUUUCCUAGAAUGGCGACAAAGUCGCAUUACUAAAGAAUCCUUGUACAAUAUUGCAGAAACACGCCGAAUGUCAUUAGCUGAACGUAGAAACAAGGAAUUGCAGAUGUUGGGUUACAAAGAAAAAGACAUAGAGUGUUUUAGUAACUCAGUGGGUCAAGCAUCAUCU